AAAUUUCCAUUAGUACCUGUUAGACAGCGUUGGACUCCGCGCGCACAAGUUACCUCCACGAACUCUAUCUUUCCGUUAUCCAUCAUUUGAAUAUUUAAAAUACAACAUCAAGGAUAAAUUGCGCGAGUUUUAUUAUCAUUCGUAGAAAAAUUGUGGAAAUUCAAUCGCGAAAGGAAAAUUAAUAACACAUCAUGGCCAACGUUACGAAGCUCUCUCUGAUUAAAGUCUUCGAAUUAGCUUUAAUAUGCAUAAUCAUCGGGCUCCACGCACAUUCGCCGAUGUUCAGCCUGGAUGACUCGUUCCUCUCAGCAGGAACUGAAGUUGGAUUCUUGAUAAUCCUGACUGGACUCUUUGCAGCGGCCGUGAUGAGCACACCCGUUCAUUACCGCAUAGAGCUAGGCUUCCUGGUGGUGGGAUGCGCUCUGUUUAUCGCUUCUGGUGCAGUUGUCCUGGAAAAAUGGCAACGAGCCAUCGGCACCCGGCACCAGCUCAACAUGGUUGCAGCUAGAGGAUCUAUAUCGAUUAUCGAGGGGAUUCUGUUGCUCGCAGAUGCGUACUUGACGUUCAAGCGAGAGGAAAUAAUCAUGCUUACCUGUACCAAGCUCCUGAUUAUCAAGGUCCUCGAAUUGCUUCUAGUGUUCAUAAUUCUAGCUCUUCACAUUAACGAGCCCUUUUGCAACCCAGAUGACAAAUUUCUGGCUGCGGGAACUGAAGUAGGUUUUGCGAUCAUCCUGAGUGGGCUUUUCGCUGGGGCUCUGACAAUGACACCAGUUCAUUGGCGUCUGGAUCUCUUCUUCUCCCUCGUGGGAAGUGGUCUUUUCACUGCUUCUGGUAUAGUUAUUAUCCACCACUGGCACCCAAUUACUCACAGAGGCAGAUACCGUGAUAUGGCUCUAUCUCGAGGUUCGCUUUCGCUCAUCGAAGGAUUUGUGCUACUCACAGAUGCUGUCUUUACGGUGCAAGGAGAAACAGUGAUCUGAUAGUCCAUGUGAGGUUGUUGAAAAUGUACCAAAACUGCACUGAUUACUAUUAAGGGCAUUACAAGAAUCUUUAAAUAAUAGAUGAAAUAUGUAUUUUUGUAAUUAAGUAUUUUAUAAUUUACUUUUGGUUUCUACGAAGUCAUAUUGAUGAUAAGAAAGGGAAAGGAGCGAAGGGAUUAUUGCUCAUCGACUAAUAUUCUGAGCAAUAACAUGAUGAAUAAUAAUAAUGAGUAAGGAGUUGAAAAAUAAAAACCGGGUACGAACAAAUUUGAAAAAUUGAGGAGAUUUGCCAGAAUUUCUAUUGCAUUUUUAACGAAAAAUAUAUACUGAUUAGGUUCUGCAGAGAAAAUUAACAGAAUUUUGUAUUUUUCUACUGUCUAUUCUAUUGACAUCUCUUCCAGACAGAUUGCUCGAUCUCUUAUAGAAUAUUCGACCGCGUUCACUAGGUUUUCAAAUGAAAUUUUACCGACCUAACUCGACGCUUAAUAACUAUUUAUAAUGGAUAGUAAUACUAACAAUUCGAAGUUCCAAUAAUAUUCAUUUUACUGUUCAUCUCGUACCAAGCACAAGCUUUAACCCAAGAUUAGAGAAAAUUAAUGACUUUUAUAAUUUUUUGUUUUUUAUGUAUCACGAAUUUAGCGCAGACAUUUGCACUGAUCACUAAGAACGUUCAAUAGUACCAAAUGUCUCGCAUUAUCUGUCCACAUUCUGCUAGUCGUUUAUCGCUCAGAUUAAUUAAAUACCAUGUGACAUUGAUUUGUAUAAACUGAAGGCGAUAAUUUUGUUAUAAAUAAAAAUAAAAACCAUGUGAUCAAAAUAAUAA